GAUUCCCGGUGACCUGUAGAAUAAUACAGGCUCCCCUGGAUAGCCGUCUGCAGAAACGGAGAGUCUCUUGAACUGAGCGGAGCUGGAGCCUGCACGGGAAGACGUUGUCAGUCGCUCGGGUGCUGCAGAAGGGUGUGAUCCUCGAUCAAGUCCUGCAAGAGCCAGAAUGCCACAAACAAGGAUGCGCAUGAGACCUUGGCUGGAACAGCAGAUUAAUUCAAAUAAAAUUCCUGGGCUUUAUUGGAUCAAUAAGAAAGAUAAAAUGUUCCAGAUCCCUUGGAAACAUGCAGCUAAGCACGGGUGGGAACUGGAAAAAGAUGCUUGCCUGUUCAAAAACUGGGCUGUUCAUACUGGGAGAUACAAAGAAGGUGAUGUAGACCCUGAUCCAAAAACAUGGAAGGCAAAUUUCCGUUGUGCCAUGAAUUCCUUGCCUGACAUUCAAGAAGUGAAGGAUCAAAGCAUUAGCAAAGGACCCAGUGCUGUUCGAGUCUAUAAGAUGCUGAAACCCCCAGUAAAAUCAGAGAAAAAAGAAAAAAAGUCGAAGUCUCCGAAAAGCAAGAGCCCAAGAAAGUCAGUGGAGGAUAUCAAGGAAGAAGAGACAGUCGAAGCAACACACAGCAUUCAGUUGCCUGAUGACCACAGUAGCUAUGCGCUUCCUGGCUAUGCAGCACAAGACAUGGAAGUGGGGAGCACAUUUGGUCUGUCAUGUGACAUGAACAGUAAUCCCUGGAAAAAUUGCCCGCUGGAUAUUCAGGUCCCUGACAGUACAAACAACAUAUACAGACUUCAGGUUUCACCCUGCUAUUCUUCUUCUGAAGAGGAGGAUAUUCCGCUCUUUGAUCUCUUUAACAGCUCUGAGUGGCAACAAAACAUCAUUGGUGGAAAAGGGUUCCUGUUAAAUGAAGCUGGAAUUGGAAAAGGGUUCCUGUUAAGUGAAGCUGGAAUGCAGAACCUCUCCCUUGACUUGACUUUGCAAGAGCAAGAUACUACCUUUGAGAUACCAAAGCUAGAAGUAAUUCCACAUGAGUCGAAAGCCAGCGCAGAAUGCACUUUGUUGGACUUUCGAACACACUACGUACCCUCUAUAUCCUGUGGCAUUUAAACCUUUUUAUCACUAGACUUGUAUUGUUUUAUUUUGAAUGCUAUUUGUAGACUUGACAAAUUGAUCAGUUCAUUGACAGUCUACAUAUUUAGAAUGGAAAAGUCCAAGCGAUGUGUGUACAGUUUAUACGUGUGUAGGAAUAUCUUUGUGAUAAAAGUGUACAUUUAUGCCUAAACUACCUUAUGAGCCAAUUAAGGCUUGUUUGCUGCUUCUUUCACUCUGUUCAUCCAUCAGUAGAAUUAGAGUAUAAAUAAUUUCAAAUAUGGGGGAGGGGGGAACAAGCUUUUCAUUGUUGGUAAAUUGAUAUAUAUUUUAAGCCCAUCCAAAAUAUAAAGUUACUCUCUGGAAGACUAGUGAUGCCCAACCAGAUAUUUCUGGAUUAUCUUUUUAUUCCUCUUCAAAUUUAUCUUGGCCGUUUUAGUCUAGAGCCCUGUCUUAGCAUGUUAAACUGUGAAAAACAAAUAGUUGUUUGUUCCAUACUUCUUCAGAAAUUUAUUUAUAACACAUUCCGCUGGUUACUUUGGACUUAUUGUAGACUAUUGCUACAUUACAUUAUUUUCUCCAGUGAAAAUACGCUUUGAAGUUGAUAAGUUGAUAGGUAUGGAUUAUUUGCACUCUGCUUUUCAAGAUGUCAACUGAAUAGGUAUUGUGAAGAGUGCAAAAAAUGCAUAAUAGGGUUAGAUAUACUAAACCAGAAGAUAAAGAAAAGAAUUUGCCAAACUGUCAGAGUGCUAGGCUGCAGCUUAAAUUCUUGUACAUUCUUUUCCUUGUACAUACCUUGUUGUAUAUAAAUUACAAUUGUCUUAAUAAAAGAUUAUAUAUGGA